UUCUUCGAUGAGGUGAAGGCCGUCUGACCACAAAACAAGAAGCAUGGCGGCCUCAGCAGGACAGAAAUGCCCAAUGGUUAUUUUGGCAGGGAAUUCUCAUCCGGAACUUGCGCAACUGAUCGCAAGCCGAUUGGGAGUACGACUUGGGGAUAUGACAGUUUACCACAAAUCUAACAGAGAAACCAAUGUUGAAAUUAAAGAAUCUGUUCGAGGAAAAGAUGUUUACAUCAUCCAGACUGGUACCAAGGAUGUAAACAAUGAUGUGAUGGAGCUUCUCAUAAUCUCGUAUGCCUGUAAGACUAGCUGUGCCAGUACCAUUGUGGGUGUCGUUCCAUAUAUACCCUACUCAAAACAGAGCAAAAUGCGAAAGCGUGGAUCUGUGGUAUGCAAACUUAUGGCUACCAUGUUUGGAAAAGCAGGUUUAACACAUAUCAUUACGAUGGAUCUUCAUCAGAAGGAAAUCCAGGGCUUUUUUGACAUCCCAGUUGAGAACCUUAGAGCCUCACCUUUCCUCAUCGACUAUAUAGAACAGUCUAUACCAGAUUACAGAAAUGCCAUAAUAGUUGCUAGAAAUCCGAAUUCUGUGAAGCGUGCUACAUCUUAUGCUGAACGGUUACACCUGGGAAUAGCUGUUAUACAUGGAGAUGAUAAAGUCACAGAAACAGACUCCGAGGAUGGACGCAAUUCCCCACCGUUGCAAAGACAGGCACACCAUAAAAUGGAAUUUGGUCUUGAAAUAUUACCAGUGUUGUUGCCUAAAGAGAAACCACCUUUAAAUGUAGUAGGAGAUGUUGGAGGAAGAAUAGCUAUAAUAGUGGAUGACAUGAUAGAUGAUGUGAAAUCCUAUGUUAACAUUGCCGAGGUGCUGAAGGACCGGGGGGCAUACAAGGUAUAUGUAAUGGCUACACAUGGUCUGCUCUCCUCAGAUGCUCCCCGCUUACUGGAUGAUUCCUGUAUAGAUGAGGUGGUGGUAACCAAUACAGUGCCCCACGAGAUCCAAAAGAUGCAGUGUCAUAAGAUUCGGACUGUGGACAUCAGUGUGAUGCUGGUUGAAGCCAUUCGUCGGAUACACAACAACGAGUCCAUGUCUUACUUGUUCCGCAAUAUAGAAACACACGACUAAGAACUUAAGCAGGACUUACAGAUGAAGAGGUUGAUGGUUGAAGGUUGUCACUGUUUGUCUGACCUCUACAUAGUACAAACUUAGUCUCUAGUCUAUGCAAGGAUCUAAACCAAGUGCUGUUCUGGUUACAAAUUACUUUGACCUCUUGAGAAUACAUGCAUGGUUUUGAUAAAUGUUCAUUUCUUAGGAAUACAUACAUUUCAUAGUAUGUUGCUGGAAUCCCAUGUAACAUACAGUAAAACUGAUUACUUGUACAGUUUUCACAGUGAAAGUAAAACAUCUAGCAACACGACAAUCAGUUAUUAAAGCCUUGAGCAAUCAUGGCCUACUUUAUGCAUUUCUGCGUAAUCCUUGUUAGGCAUUAUUGAAAUAUUUUUUUUAAUCUGUUCAUAUAUUAGAAUUUAGUUUAAAAUGUCAGUAUUUGUAGCAUUAGAAAUUACUGAAUGAAGAAAAGAAGGUUGCAUGAAAAUAAAGUGACUUGCAAUGGUGCACUGGGCCCGUCACUGAAAAUCUAAGUGGAAACUUCGGAACUCACAGACUCUUUAAAAAAAAUUGGCAGAAUGUAAUUUAGGAUGUGUUGUCAAUUUGUCCGUUACUUGAUUUUUUUAAAUCUAAACUAAUAUGGCUACUAGUUCUGGAUUUUUUUUUCAUGGGAAGCUUUAGCUGUUGAACUAUUGUCUUUUGUUUGUUUGUUUGUGUUCAGCUUUUUAAACUUGAAUGCAGAACUCUAUCAGAUUUUAGCUCAAAUGGUUUAUUUUCCAUCCUUCCAUCCAUUUGUCUUUUUUUUUUUUUUCACUCAACACAUGCCUUAUAUACAAAACAUACCUGGGAUGGAGUGCUGUCAAAUUCUUUAUGUAAAUGACCCUCAAGGUCACAGGGGUCUAGUUUGAUGAAAAAAAAAUUAAAGAAGAAACAUAAUCUGAACAUACAAAUGGUUUAUGAUGAUGAUGACAAAGGUAGAGUUUGUAGAUCUGCAGUACAAUUAUGUUUAGGACAAGUUUAACUUUAAAGGAUUGCUAGAGUUUGUUUGUCCAGAUUAUUGCCCCAUGAUUUCUUCAUAGUGGCUAGUGGCUGCCUCUCUAAGCAAUAUAUGGGAAGCCCUAACUGUGCAGAGCAAUUAGGGUGAAGGCAGUAAAAACUGGUCUGUUUCUCAGCUUAAACACCACAAUAGGUAGGUAGCAUAGAACCACACACCAUUGAUCCUCAUCUGAGGUUAUAUAGGUCAAUACUGAAAACUGAUCAGCCUGAUUGCUACACUAUAAGCAUAAUCUGUAAUAAUAGACGAUUUGGAAAGUGUUACCGCCUUUUCUUUUGAUUUUUUUCCUCAGUGGUAUUUUUGUCUACAUUUGAAUGUGUUUGACUGUUCUCUUAGAAAAUUGGUUUUCAUGGUUUAUGCAGUUGCAACCUCCCAAUUUUGAUUUGAUGAUAAGAUUUUAUUCUCUAUCUCAUUACAUAUCUCUAUUUAUUUAUGCAUUUUGACACAAAAUUAUUUGUCACUUUAGCACAGGACGGGUGUUUAUUUUACAGAUCUGUGGUACUCUUUAUGGUUAAUUGCAUUGUAAAGGAUGCCCAUAGUUGUUGAAUAGUUUGCUUAAAGCUAUGAUGAAGGAUGUCCAAAGCUAUCAUCAGGAUUCAAGUUAUUCUUUUCGAUUCCUCACAAAAUCAAAGGAUUUCCGAGGGUAUGAUGGAAAAUGAUCUUAGUUUUAUUAAAAGAUAUUUUUUGUUUUGAUAUUCUCCACAAUUUUGUGAUUUUUUUUUUGCAGCAUGGCAAAAUUAUCUUGAAACAAGUAACCACUAACAGUGUCAUACCCUAGAAAUAACCUCUUAUAUUUAUUUACAGAGCUUGGCAAAAGUUCCAACCUUUCAUAGGAAAAUCUCAUUUUAUUUCACUGCUCUAGAAUGUUUUUUUCAUGGUAAUUUGCAAUGUCUACUAACUUAGUUUGAUAGUUUACAACAAUGUCAUCUUGUGCUGGUUGAUUUCUAUGUACAGGUAAUUUCUAGCACUUUUAAAAAGAUAUAAUUGAAACUACUGGUGUCACAGUGCAGAUCUAACUGAAGUAUAUGCUUCAAACAUUUGCAUUAAGCAUACCAUAAUUAACAAGCAAAGACAGAUGUAUAUAGGAUAUAUUGUAAACAAAGACAGAUCUGUAUAGUAUAUACUGUAGACAAAGACAGAUCUGUAUAGUAUAUACUGUAGACAACGACAGAUCUGUAUAGUAUAUACUGUAGACAAAGACAGAUCUGUAUAGUAUAUACUGUAGACAAAGACAGAUCUGUAUGGUAUAUACUGUAGACAAAGACAGAUCUGUAUGGUAUAUACUGUAGACAAAGACAGAUCUGUAUGGUAUAUACUGUAGACAAAGACAGAUCUGUAUAGUAUAUACUGUAGACAAAGACAGAUCUGUAUAGUAUAUACUGUUAACAACAGAUCUGUAUAGUAUAUACUGUAGACAAAGACAGAUCUGUAUAGUAUAUACUGUAGACAAAGACAGAUCUGUAUAGUAUAUACUGUAGACAAAGACAGAUCUGUAUAGUAUAUACUGUAGACAA